AACUGCAUUCGGUAGUCUAGUUCCUCUGUUAGUGCAGCAGCUGGUCCUCACUGGCUCACAGCUGACUCCUGUAAACAUGGCGGCCACGGCUUGUCGGGGACUUUUCUCCAUUGCAAAACACGCUUCCAAGUCUGUAGUGCCACGAGUGAUUGGGGCAAGACUGUGUAGCACUGACCUCCACCCCACUAUUCGACCUGUGAACACUGUGCAGAGGCAAACUCUUACUGAAUUUGGCCAGUAUGUAGCUGAGUGCUUGCCAAAAUAUGUUCAGAAGGUUCAGAUCACAGCCGGCAAUGAGCUGGAGGUGCUGAUCCCUCCAGAGGGAGUGGUGCCUGUCAUCUCUUUCCUCAAGGACCACACCAAUUCACAGUUCACUAGCCUGGCUGACCUGUGUGGUGUGGACAUGCCUACCAGAGCAUACCGCUUCGAGGUUGUCUACAACUUGCUGUCUCUCCGUUACAACUCCAGGAUUCGAGUGAAGACAUACACAGAUGAGUUGACUCCAGUGGAAAGCAUUACUGAUGUUUUCAAGGGAGCAAACUGGUAUGAACGUGAAGUAUGGGACAUGUACGGGGUGUUCUUUGCAAACCACCCAGACCUCCGAAGAAUCCUCACUGACUAUGGCUUUGAGGGCCAUCCAUUCCGAAAGGACUUCCCCUUGACUGGCUAUGUGGAAUGUCGGUAUGAUGAUGAAGUGAAGCGUGUUGUGGUGGAACCAGUGGAGCUUGCUCAAGAAUAUCGCAAGUUUGAUCUCUCAGCCCCUUGGGAGCAAUUCCCCAAUUUCAGGGAGCAGGAAGCUGCUGAGGAGGUACCCAUCAAAGAGAAGUAAGCAUGUGUAGGAACAUUUUUGAUGUAUUGAAAAUACUUCAGAAGACGAUCUUAUCAGUUUGAAGUAAAACUAAGUUUUGUUUUCAGAAAAUUUCAUUUUUUAUAAAUUUCUUUUGUAGAUAACAUAUGUACAUAAUGAAUGAAUAUUGUUGUAAGUAAUAAAUAAAGAGAGAUUUACCAAGUCA